AUGUCACUCUGCUCAAUAAGCUCAAGCAGAGUAACCAGGAGGGAGGGAAUCAGGCGGAUGAUAAUCAGGCGGAUGCUCCCCAGCAACAUCAUCAGACCCAGACGCCGAAGGCUGCUCAUCAACAGCCUUGAGGAAGCACAUGACCUCAAAGACGGCCUUUGCAAUGUCGACGGUCCUUUCCCUCAGCUCGGCGUCGGCCCAGACGCCCUGCAGCACGGCGUCCCUCAUGACGGUGGCCAUGAAGCGGACGACGUGGUCCUCGAGGGUCCACCCUUGCUUGUCCGGGUGGUAGACGAGGUACCUGGCCGAUCUGGCGUCGAGGGCGUCCCGGGUCAGCUGGGCGGCGCGGCUCUUUUCGACCUCGUCCAGGUCCCGUUUGCGCGGAACUCGAGCCACGAGCCCAGCACCGGCGCGCUCUCCAGCCACGAGUGGAACUGCUCCACCGUCUCGAACGGGAGCAGCUCCACGACGAGCCGCUCGUGCUGCUUCGCCAUGCGCGACGACAUGUUUUGUGUCGGGGUGGGGAGAGGGUUGUGA